AUGCUGAAAUAUAUCACACUAACUAUAGUUGUUCGAUGUCUCUCAACAGCUAUGAAAAACUGUGCUGAGCUGUACAAAUCCGGCGAAAGAAUUACAGGAGUUUACACAAUCGAUCCCGAUGGUUUCGGUGCGUUUGAUGUGUUUUGCGACCAAAAAUCUGUCGGUGGGGGGUGGACAGUGUUCCAGAAGAGACUCGAUGGCUCCGUUGAUUUCGUCAAUCGCGGCUGGGCGGACUUCAGACGUGGAUUCGGAAACUUAAAUGGUGAGUUUUGGCUCGGACUGGACAAGAUACACCGCCUGACCAAAACAAAGAGUAGACUGCGAGUGGAACUUGAAGACACACAAGGAAAGACAGCUUACGCUGAAUACGAUAUGUUCUCUGUUUCCAGCGAAAGAAAUAAAUACAGACUUGGCCUUGGGAAGUAUACAGGUGAGUGCCGAAUUAGAGCGAUUCUUUCAUUUUCAUACAGACCAAUAAGCCCAGCGUCUCAGAAAAGGUUACUAUAACUGUUAUUUCCAGAUCCCCCAAAACAGCAGAUUCUUCGUUUUUGCUUGUUUGUUUUUGUUUUUUGUUUUUUUUAGAACUUAUCGCAUUCUCUUCUAUCAUCAGAGACUGAAAAACUCUGACAUUCAAUUUCUCUCCAAAGUCAGUAACACAAUUUCUGGACUUUCUGUUGGUUCCUGAACUCCCGUCUUUGAGGGGAGCCGCAAGUUUAGUGUUGUGCCUACUUUUGCCAACUGUCGGUGUUUUUGUCUCAGGAACUGCUGGGGAUUCUUUGAGCUAUCAUAGGAACAUGGCAUUCUCCACCAAAGAUCGCGACAAUGAUAAUGACUCGAGCAACUGUGCCGCAUACUAUAAAAGUGCUUGGUGGUACAAUAGCUGUGUUCAUGCCAACUUAAACGGCUACUAUUACCACGGUUCGCACGUCGGGUCUGCCUAUCGUGGUAUCAACUGGUAUACAUGGAAGGGUCAUAGUUACUCCGCUAAGAGAGCUGAAAUGAAGAUCAGGCCCGUGAACGUUUAAGCUAGAAAGAUACACAAACAAGGGAUACACUACAUGAGCUAUAGUUUAUCAGCUUUUCUACAUAGUUGAGUGACACGGAAUAGAAAGCAGUGUAACGUGCUUUAAUAUUUGAAUGGGUCUAACACAAAGUAAUGGGUUUAAUAAACUGAAAGAGGAAAUACGUUUAGUUUAUUUUCGUGUAUCAAUAUUCAUUUUGCGAUCGACAGCUUGAAACAAAAAUUAUGAGCAACGUCAGUCAUUUCUAGUGAAAUGUAGAGAAUGAUCAAGGUGAUCUGGAAUUGCGCUAACUUUAAUAAAAAUCUCUAUGUUCUGU